UAUAGUUUCUCGUUCGCGAUUCAGAUCGCGUUUGGACUUCGACGCAGACGUUCGUGCGGCAGUUCUCCAUUUAUCCACUUAUAUAGCUACUAUAUAGUUUUUGUUGUUGCCUUGCCAGUGGUCAUAGAAGUAUCCAGUCAUCCCACCAUGUCGAAGCCAGCUCUGUAUUACGCCACCCUGAGCCCCCCAUCCCGCGCCGUUCUGCUCACGGCCAAGGCGAUCGGGCUCGACCUUGAACUACGGCCAAUUAACCUGCUGAAGGGUGAGCAUCUGACGCCGGAAUUCCUCAAGCUGAACCCCCAGCACACGAUCCCCACGCUGAUCGACGGCGAGGCCACGAUCAUCGACUCGCACGCAAUCUGCGCCUACCUGGUGGAGAAGUACGGCCAGGAGCAGCAGCAGCUGUACCCCAAGGACCUGGUGCAGCGCGCCAACGUGGAUGCCCGUCUCCACCUGGACUCUGGCCACCUCUUCGCCCGCCUGCGCUUCCUCUACGAGCCGAUCUUGUACCACGGAUCCACGGACUGCUCCAUCGACAAGAUCGCGUACAUCCAGAAGUGCUGGGAGAUCCUGGAGGGCUUCCUUAAGGAUCAGCCGUAUCUGUGUGGCAGCGACCUGACCAUCGCCGACUUCUGUGCGGUGGCCACCGUGACCUCGGUGAACGAGACUGCUCCCAUCGAUGAGUUCAAGUUCCCGAAGGUGCAGGCCUGGCUGAAACGCCUCGCUGAGCUGCCCUACUACCAGGAGGUGAAUGGCGAGGGAGCCGACGAGCUGAAGGCCAUCUUCAAGGCCAAGCUCGCCGAGAACCGCGGCAAGUAGGCGGCGGAUCACUCCCGAUUUUUUUCUAUAUCCACACACACUCUAUAUGCAUAUCCAGUCUUGAAUAAACGGCUUAGUUUGAAGUACGAUUUCAGCAGUUACAGCGA